AUGGUCACUUGGUUUGGUCUCGUCUCAUCACCUUUCACGCCAAUACCCGUCUCUUGUACAGAUACGAAAGGAUUUGGACUUCCGGAACAAAACAGCAGUGGUGGCAUACAGACGCUAUUCACCAUCGAUCGGACGUUCGAGUCGUAUAGGUUCUCGACCGUCAAGUUCAUCGACGUGGUUUGGGACUUGUGUGUCGCUCGCGGUUUCCAAUUCUUCGCCGGCUGGGUCAGCUAUGCCGCUGUCACCGAAGCCGUAGUACACGCAAUGGAGUCAGGUCCUGUGCCUUAUAACAUAUUCAUAGGUCUAGCGCUGAAUGGAUCAAAUGCAUCGGCAAUAUGCUCGACAGUGACGAACCUAUACCGCUGUCGGCCGAUACGAAUCAAAAUUCUGCUCGGCUGUAUCAUCAUGUCAAUUGUUUAUGUUGUCAUGUUGCCGACCCUUUUAUCCGCAGCAACGGGCUACGUGGCUUCCACAGCCACAUUUUUUACAUUACCCGAAACAGACCAGCUUGUGCCUCUUUCCGCUGUGUCGCCUUCCGACUACAAAUUCAGCGUAGGGAACGGCAGCGAGGAGUAUUGUUUAGGAGUUGAUGCUCACGACGACAAGGCGUGGUUGUUCCGCUCCCGAUCUCUCAAUCAGAUGUUGUGCUGCAAGCCGCUCAACUGUUCGCGCUUCUUCAAUGAGAAGCUGAUGAGCGACAAAAGUUGGGAUCAGUUCUGUUCUACGAGAGAUUACUAUGAAGUAACGUGGAAAGGAUCUCAAUGUGCCUUCGAGAGUGAUGGUACAUUUAGCUGGACAGACGCAAACGAUACAUCCAGAAAGUCGAGCUGGAACGCGGGACACGCCCGCUACGAAUGGGGCUUUUCGACAGUCCCAAUGUCGCUUGUCUUGAUCUCGCACUGCGUCUGGUCACUGUUCAUGCUGGGCCUGUGGUUAGACGCCGAGCUCAACGGUACCUUGCAGCGAGAGCGCGGCUUCAAGUUAUCCCAAGUCCGCGCCGCAUUGGUUGUUGCCGAGGCGGCCACAAGAACGACUGGCCGCUCUCUGGUCGACUUGAUUUGCUUUACGCCAAAAGAGAUUAGGCAAAGACUAGGUCGUAAGGAUGCGACAAUCCCGUUCGAGGUGCUGCGUCAAGAACCAAAUAUCUUCCUGGCAAAGCUCUCGCCUAACCCCGAUGAUGCGGUAUCUGCGUCAAGUCUACUUCAAGUACAGACAGCUCUGCAGCACUCGGAUAGCAGUUGUGACGAAGAAAAUGCAGAUGAGGUUAGAGGAUCUGCGGAUCUCACCGAGGGGAGCGUGCUAUCGAAUAUACACAGCUAG